AUGAACGACUUCAUGGUUUUUGCCGCUGCUAUGGAGAAUUUAGUACCGGCUGCAAACUCCUGCAAAAAGAAACAAGAACCAGAGCCUCCAUACCAGGAACAACGAGACAUUGACUUUUCUCACUACUUUUGGCCAAAAAGGAUCGUCGAGUCCAUCAUGGGAAGUCAAAAUGAAGGCUCCAUUCAAUCCAUGCAUCCCUAUCGAAACAAUGAAAAUAGAAAAGUCACGAUGUCUACUCCUUGUGCGGCACUUUCAAUGGAGGAGACUUCAGAUUGCUUCGCUGAUUAUUUGAUCAUCAACUACGGCGAAUAUACGAGCGGAAAACUCUGUGGAACUUCAGCAAAUAUCUACGAAGACUGGACCUUUCAUUUUGGAAGCUCUUUUGAUAUCACAUUUUACACCGACUGUUCUGAGACUGGUUACGGUUUCUUCAUUGAAUGGCAAUGCUCAGAGACAGAACCAGCACAUCCAAUUGACGUAGACGACGAAGAGUCCUCAUCAGAAGAAUCUGAUCAUGGAAAUACUCUUGCCGAACUACCUCUCAACUUUCACUUUCAACCGAUCGACCUUUCUCAUGAUACUCCUUCCCGGGAAUCAAUUCAUGUUUCUGGCGAAGUUUACAUUGCCCCUGAUGAGGAGAGCCAAGAUGAAGACUCAGAGUCGAAUUCUGAGGCUUCAGGAGACCAUGAUUACAGCGAAACAAGCUCGUACGAUUACAAUUCCGACGAAGACUCCGAUUCCUCAAGUUACGAUUGA